AUGGAGAAACAAACGACCACUUUCCAUAACAGAGAUUGUCUAGAUAUGCAACAACUCGAAGUGAUCAACGGAAACAAGAAAACUCCAGACACGGGAACAUCAUCAAAUGCAUCGUCCUCGUCAUCAGAUAUGGACGUUCUGUUAUCAGAUGUGGAUGUGUUCCAAAUGUACGCCAAUUCCAACUCAUCUGGAUUUUCUGAAAUGCAGAGCUCUUCGUCGGAAACUGGAAAGUCUAAGGAUGGCCUUUAUGAUGAAGAAAACGACUGCAUCCCACUUAUAAAUGGAUCCAUUGUACUAUCACUUCUGGAAGCCAAGAUGUGGCGCAAGUUUUUGGAGGUGGGGACAGAAAUGAUCAUCAACCGAACUGGAAGGAGAAUGUUUCCUUAUGUGGAAUUUUUCCUCAAAGGGGUAGAUCCACUUGGAUUGUAUGACGUCAUGUUUGAUAUCAUACCGGCCAGUAGCAAAUGCUUUAAGUUUCUGAACAACAAAUGGAUACCAAUUGGAAAAAAGGACGAAGAAUUUAAGAAUCAUCCAUUCAAACACCCGGAUUCUCCACGUAUUGGAUCAGAUUGGAUGACUCGGAAAAUUUCCUUUGAGAAAAUCAAAUUGUCGAAUAAACCUGAUACAAAGGCUGGGAUAUUUACGCUACACACACUUCAGAAGUACUUGGUUCGUAUCUCUAUCAUCAAACAUGAAAAAGAUAAUGAACUCUCAGUUGUAGAGUUUCCAAUCCGGGCCACGACCUUCAUUGCUGUUACAGCAUACAACAACAGAGAGGUUACCAAACUCAAGAUCAACAGCAAUCCCUAUUCUAAGGGAUUCCGAUUUCCAGUGAAAAGAGGUCCACUAGAUUUAUCCAUGAAAAAGGACAGCAGAAAAACAAUGCAGAACACAAUACCAAACUCAUAG